UCGAACGUUGGUUCAGAAUAAAGGAUGUUUCUCAGGAAGUAUUAUUUCCAAACAAUUUGAUUCAUGUUCGUCAAAGACUGCCUCUCGCUCUCAUAAUGUUAGAAGAAGUGGUGCUUUAUGUCGCCAAUUGUUGACAGAGUUUAAUACCGCAUCUGAUUCUUCACCGUCAUUACCUAGCUUAUAUGGGGUGGCAGAAGUUUUAGAUGAGAUAGACCUUGGGGAUCCAGCUUAUCGGUGCCGUCAUUGCCAUGUUCAUUUUUGGUAUGAUGAAAGACUCGGUAAAAGUAAGCAAACUAUUACUCCGGAGUUUUCCCUUUGUUGUAUGAAAGGGAAGGUGGUGCUACCCUUUUUAUCAAAACCACCUCUGUUAUUAUAUAAUUUGGUUCACGGUAUUGAUUUGCGAUCCAAGCACUUCAAAGAUAAUAUUAGAGCAUAUAAUAGUAUGUUUGCUUUCACUUCAAUUGGUGGGAAGGUAGAAUCAGCUGUGAACAAUGGUGGGGGACCUCCACAAUUUGUUUUGAGUGGACAAAAUUAUCACCGAAUAGGUACCCUCUUACCUGAUUCAGGAUCUGCCCCAAAAUUUGCUCAGUUGUACAUUUAUGACACGCAAAAUGAAAUUUCGAAUAGAAUGGAGCCUUUCCUGUCUGGCAGGAAUGGUGAUAACUUGGAUAUGUCAUUAGUUGAUGAUUUGAAGCAAAUGAUUGAUGAGCAUAAUAUGCUAGCAAAAUCAUUUCGAAAGGUGCGGGAUCAUAUCAUGUCAAACGAAUCUUCAACAUUUGCCUUAAGACUUUUUAGGAAAAGAGGUAAAGAUCCCAUAACAUAUAAUUUGCCUACAUGUGAUGAGAUUGCAGCACUUAUUGUGGGGGAUUUUGACAGUAUUGAAGUUGGUAGAGAUAUUAUUGUUAAAAAAAAUGGGGUUCUAUCUCGGAUUCAUGAAACUCAUACCUCUUUCAUUCCCUUACAAUAUCCAUUGAUUUUUCAUUAUGGGGAAGAUGGGUGGCAAGAAGACAUUCCGUUAAGUGGUAUUUCCGCAACAUCUAGCUCUCGAUUGAAACCGCGUGUCACUUUGAGGGACUUUAUAUCAUUUAGGAUUCAGGAAAGAGAUAUGGAGCAUGGUAAUGUGGUUUUAGGUAGGAGACUAUUUCAACAGUUUUUGGUGGAUUGUUUUACUAUGAUAGAAUCUCAGAGGCUUUCAUUUAUUCGAAACAAUCAGAAAAUCAUUCGAGCAGACUUUUUGAAUGGACUUGAGGAAGCUAUGACUAGAGGAGAAACUGAUCCAGGGUCUUUAGGAAAGCGUAUUGUUUUGCCCUCAUCAUUUAUGGGUGGAAGACGUUAUAUGUUUGAUUGCUGUCAAAAUGCAAUGGCUAUUUGUAAGCGCUAUGGUUAUCCUGAUCUCUUCAUAACUGUUACUUGCAAUUCUACGUGGAAAGAAAUUGAUAGGUUUGUCCGAGCAAGAAAUGUCAGAGCAGAUGAAAGGCCAGAUGUAUGUUGUCGAGUGUUUAGAAUGAAACUUCAUCAUUUAAUGGUAACUUUGAAGAGUGGGGAAAUAUUUGGAUCCGUAGAUGCAGGCAUGUACACUAUUGAAUUUCAGAAGCGAGGGUUACCUCAUGCACAUAUUCUACUAUGGCUUUCAAAGGAGAACAAGGUAGUCACAACUCUUGAUAUUGAUAAAUGCAUUUCUGCUGAGAUUCCUGACCCUAAUUUAUAUCCUAAAUUGAACAAAGUUGUGUCUACCUAUAUGUUGCAUGGUCCUUGUGGUUAUGGUUUUCAAAAAUCCCCUUGCAUGGUUUAUGGUAAGUGCAGCAAGUUUUUUCCCAAAAAAUUUCAAGAGAGCACUAUUAUUGAUGAAGAUGGUUAUCCAAUUUAUAAAAGGAGAGACACAGGUGUGUAUGUUGAGAAGAAAGGUAUACGAAUGGACAAUAGUUAUGUAGUUCCCUAUAAUCCGCAAUUACUUAUGUUAUACAAUGGUCACAUCAACGUAGAAUACUGCAACAAAUCCAAUGCAAUCAAAUAUCUCUUUAAGUAUGUUAGUAAAGGCCCUGAUCGAGUAAAUGUUGAGAUAUGCAAUGAGAAAGAAGAUGGGGUUGAACCUGAGUUGAAAGAUGAAAUCAAGCAAUAUUAUGAUUGUAGAUAUCUUACCCCAUGUGAGGCAGUGUGGAGAACCUUUAAAUACUACAUUCAUGUGAAGUGGCCUGCUGUAUUGAAAGUUACUUUUCAUCUCCAGGAUAAUCAAAGUAUUUGUUUUAAAGAUGAUGACAAUUUGCAGUACAUUGUGGAAAAGGCUGUUGAAAAAGACACAAUGUUCUUAGCUUGGAUGCGAGCAAAUGCCCAAUUUGAUGAGGGGAAGGCUUUAACAUAUGCUGAGUUCCCAUCAUAUUUUGUCUACAAUGAGGAUUCUCAUACAUGGCAUCCUAGGAAAAAAAUAUAUUCUAUUGGGAGACUUCAAUAUAUCCCCCAUGGUGUUGGGGAGCUCUAUUAUUUGAGAAUUCUAUUAACUCGCCAAAAAGGUUGCACAACUUGGGAAAGUAUUCGUACUAUUGAAGAUGUUGUGUAUCCUUCUUUUCAUGAUGCGUGUUAUGCGCUGGGAUUGCUAGCUGAUGACAGAGAAUUUAUAGAUGCUAUUGUUGAAGCUAAUGAUUUGGCCUCAGGAAAUCAGCUUCGGAAAUUCUUUGUUAUGUUGCUUACAACAAACACUAUGAGCAAACCCGAUUUCGUCUGGGAGAAGUCUUGGUUUUUAUUGUCCAACGGAAUUGUAUAUGAGAGGCGGAAAAAGCUAUGUAUUCCAGAUCUUCAUAUAAACGAUGAAGAUUUAAAAAAUCUUUGUUUAAUAGAAUUGGAGAAACUAUUGCACUUGAAUGGGAAGUCAUUAAAAGAUUAUCCUUGCAUCCCGUUUCUAGUAUUAUUUGAUGAGUGUCAGUAUGAGAACAAGUUUGUAGCUGAUGAGUUAAAUUAUGACAAAUCUCAAAUGACGAUUUUGCACACCUCCUUAAUGAAGUCAUUGAAUAUCGAACAACAUAAGAUAUACAAUAUUAUCAUGAAAGCAGUAUUGUCUGAUUCUGGAGGUAUGUAUUUUUUAUAUGGAUUUGGAGGUACUGGAAAAACUUAUUUGUGGAACACUUUAUCUGCAGCAAUUAGGGCUCAAGGUUUAAUUGUUCUUAAUGUUGCAUCGAGUGGGAUUGCUUCUUUACUUCUCCCUGGGGGAAGGACUGCACAUUCUAGGUUUUCCAUACCCAUUUCUAUCAAUGAUUGCUCUACUUGCAAUGUGGUGCAAGGUUCUCUUAAAGCCGAGUUGCUUCAGCAAACAAGCUUGAUAAUAUGGGACGAAGCACCAAUGUCAAAUAGAUUUUGUUUCGAAGUAUUAGAUCGCACAUUAAAUGACCUUAUGAAGUCUCAUUCAAGGCUUUAUAAUGAAAAGCCUUUUGGUGGUAAAGUUGUUGUGCUUGGAGGUGAUUUUCGUCAAAUUCUACCUGUUAUUCCUAAAGGAAGUCGUUGUGAAAUUGUGAAUGCUACAAUUAAUUCUUCCUACCUUUGGAAGCAAUGUUGUGUUCUUAGACUUACCAAAAACAUGAGGCUUACAACUUCACAAUCUGCACAUGAAAAUCUCGAGAUUAAAAAGUUUGCUGAUUGGCUCUUGGACAUUGGUGAUGGAAAGUUGAAUAGAAGUAGUGAUGGGGAAUCCACCAUUGAGAUUCCAAAAGACCUUCUUAUUCUUGAAUCUGAAAAUCCAAUACAAAGUUUAAUUGAUUUUUCAUAUCCUUUUAUGUUGGAUAAUUUGGAAAGGAAAAAUUAUAAAUUUUUUGAGGAGAGAGCUAUCUUGGCACCAACUUUAGAAAGUGUUGAAGUUGUUAACAAUGAAAUGUUGUGCAAAAUUCCGGGGUGUGUCAAAGAAUACUUGAGUUGUGAUAGUACUUGCAAAUCUGAUGAAGACUCCGAAAUUGAAGCAGAGUGGUUUACAAGUGAGUUUCUUAAUAACAUUAAAUGUUCUGGCAUUCCUAAUCAUAAAUUACUUUUGAAAGUAGGGGUUCCCAUUAUGUUGUUGCGUAACAUAGACCAAGCUGGAGGUCUUUGUAAUGGGACGCGUAUGGUUGUCAAAGGAUUGGGCAAAAAUGUUAUUGUUGCGAAUGUUGUGUCUGGAAAGCAGCUAGGGGAAAAAGUCCUUAUUUCUAGAAUGGAUUUGGUACCAACAGAUUCUGGGUCGCCUUUCAAGUUUGUUAGGAGACAAUUUCCCAUCUCAUUAUGUUUUGCAAUGACAAUUAACAAAAGUCAAGGUCAGAUUCUUUCCCAUGUUGGACUCUACUUGCCAAAACCAGUGUUUACUCAUGGCCAGUUGUAUGUUGCUUUAUCUCGGGUUAAGGCAAGGAAAGGAUUAAAAAUUUUGAUAUUAGAGGAUGAUGGAUCAAUUUCAAGGGUCACGAAAAAUGUUGUCUACAAGGAAGUCUUUGACAAUAUAUGAAACCAGUUAACCAUAGAAAUUUGAACAACAGUGAAGGAGAAUACUUUGAUUACCAUAUUAUUUUUUUCAAAGUUCUUCGUGUCUUUAUAUGUUGAAUUUUAAUUUGUUUUUACAAACAGUAUUAUGAUAAGUUUUAAAUUUUGUUCUUAAUUGAUGUCAGUCAAUAUCUGUAGUAAUGUAGUUUGGUGAAUAAUUGUUGUUCAUUUUAGUCUUAAUGUAUGACACAUAGAAAUGUAGGUGUAGUAUCUUUCGAUAACAGAAUACUCUUCCAGGAAUAAGCGUGUUGUACAUUUUGAAGUCUAAAUAAGAUUUUACUGGUCAAGCAUAAUUAGUUUCAAUAUAUUUAGGAAAGGGUUAUAAUAGUGGGUAAUUAAUGUGGAAUGGAUUAACAAAUCAUAAUUACAUAAACAUCUUAUAUAUAGUAUAAAUUUAAGUCAAUAAACAUUAACAAUAAUAUUCACGUAUUCAUAUAUUUAUUAUAAACUUUUGAGAAGUUAAGAAUAGGUCCCCGUUUCUCCCCACUGAGUAUCCAUCUUAAUAUUUUUCGAUAUAUUAAAAGUCAGAAGGUUGUGGAAACGGGUACAUAGUUGAAAUUGUAAGGUUCCUUUGGCAUACACAUCGUACAUGAUAUAAUUACUCUGACAAUUCACAUUUUUUAAUUUCCAUCAAAGUAAAAGUAGUCUAUACUAGGAAAAGCUAUGCCUCUGCCAAAGCUUUUUUAGGAUGGUUAUGGGUUCUACAAGUUUGUAUUAAUGUCAUUGGAGGAGGUACAUAUAAGUGUUUCUUUAUAAAUUAUGUGGGAGAAACAUUCAUGCGCUAUAAUCACUGGAGCAAUUCCUUUGUCUGAGGUGAAUUUAUUCAGUGCAACAAGUCUGGGAAGUAGUUGAAAUGGACAUCACUCUUGGAGAUGACGAUCUAGGUUGCAGAGAUUCUAUUGCUUUUCCUUCACUACCUCAGCAGGAAGGUGCUUUGGUCCCACGCCAAUUUGCCAUUGACUACCACCAUGAUCUAAGCAAGGAGUGGAAGUUGACAGACCCAUUUGGAAAGGUGCACUUGGUGAUAUAUGAGAAGAAUUUGGAGCUACCGUAUUUGAGUAAGGGAUUGAUGGAAAUUCGUAACUAUUAUUCUUUGGAAGGUUUGAAUUGGUGUCUCCUUAAAUACCAAGGUUUCUCAAACUUUGAUUUUUUCAUAUACAAUGAGAAGAUUGAAGAAGUAUGUUACCUUCCUUAUUUAAAAAGAACAUGUCACCUCCAAGCUCUCCCACCUGUGGAUAUUUCGCCACCUCCCACUGCUGUGAGUAAUGACAUUGCUAGCCAGAUCCAAUGCACACCCAAAUCUAUUUCCCAACAACCAAAGUGGAUUUGUUACCCAUGUUUUUUUACUUGCAAACUCUCACGAAAUCAGGCUUCUUCGAGUCAGCUGGUAAGAGUUAUUUCAAAUUAUAUAAAACAAGUUAUUAUUUAGUAGAACUGAUUAUAGGUUUGUAUGCAAUGCAGAAUUUGCCAAGCCAUGUUUAUGAAUAUUUACUGAAUGGGAAAGUUUUCGAAUGGCUUUUGAGAGGACCCACUGGUAUGCAAAGUGAAUGUACCAUCCUAGGUGUGCCUAAUAAGAAUUAUGCAAGGUUUGGUAGAGGAUGGAGGGCAUUUUGUUCAACACACGAAUUGAAUGCAGGAGAGGUGUUAACCUUCUACUUCACCACUGAAAAAUUUGUUGUUAUUGAUGUUGUAAUCAACAAGAAGCCGUGAUAUGUUUCCCUGUAUGUUUUUCCAUUAGGAUUUGGUAUUUCUUGAAUGAUGUUUACUAUGUACUGGACAUUUUAAUAUGUUUGCACUGUAUUGUGUU